UCCACCAGUGUUGAAGGAAGGUUAGAAAUGCUGAGGGCGCUGGUUGUGAUGGUGGUGGUGUUGGUGGCGAUGGUGGUGGAGGGAGGGACGGCUGAUCACGUGACUCCCUCCAAACACUCUAAGCUCAGGAUCAGAAGGGAUUACGGCAUGACCAAUGAUCCCGUGAUGAACGACCCCCAGCCAGCAGACGACAGCGGCUUCUACUACUACUACUACCCGGUAGAGGACGACAUCAAGGGCAAAGAGAAGUACAAGGACGACCUCUAUUAUAAGGACGACAAGGACUACAAGUGUUCAGCAGAGAAGCUGCUGGCGCCUCUAAUCAUCAUCAGCAUCUUUCUGGGCAUCAUCGCCUUCAGCAGCGUGGGUCUCGUGCCUUCCUUCAAUCUCCCUCCUAUUAAUAUCCCGGAACUGGAGAUCAACAGAGGUAGUAGAAGUUUGGUGUCCUCGGCCGCUGAGUUCCUUCCGUGGGGGACUUUGAAUAACAUGACGGAGGCGGUGCUGGCAGCUGUGGAGGGCGAGGAGUGUCGACCGUGGCUGGUGUGUGAGUCAGGGCGGCUGGCAGAGGGACGCACCACGGCUCUCAGCCUGAUGGAGCUCCUAGCACCGAGGAAAUACCAGCAAGAAGUAAGGAUUUUCAAGGACUCGGCGCUACUGAGGACCAGCUGUGACAAGUACAAGUGUAGCUCGUUCAAGAAGCCAGCGUGUGUCCUGCUGCAGGCGAUGGGUGGCAGGUGCUAACUUCUCCCGGCAAGGCGAUAUUAGCUCUCUAAAUACUGGUAGUCGGAGUGUGAGUGUGUGUGUGUGUGUGUGUGUGUGUGUGUGUGUGUGUGUGUGUGUGUGUGUGUGUGUGUGUGUGUGUGUGUGUGUGAAAAGAU